AUGUCUGGUCUAUUUCGAGGCGAAGUGGACGGGAUCUUGUCUGAUAUCACUUUCUUCGGAGACCACUUUCAAUGGGAAACACUGGGAACAGGGACAAGAUCGCGGGUGCCAGCAGAUAGCAUCGUCGCAGUCAUUCCAGUCGGCUCUGAGAAUAUCCUGCUCUAUCUCAAGCACGAAGGAGACGAAGGAGGCAAAGACAAGAAGAACAUCAGCCUGGAGACUCUGAAUCUAUCUGGCCUGCCACCCUCGGGCUUCUUCAGCAAAUACACAGGCAGCCUUCCACCCUAUCUCGCGGCACCAGGGCCAGAGGGAGCCAGUUCGAACGUCCAUAUCGUCUUGUCGACGCUCUCGGGGACGCAGGGCGCAUCGGUCUUCUUUAGCAAUGCACUGAAGCCGUUACUAUCAUAUCUAAAGCUCAAGGCAUAUGAAGUGCACGAAACUCGGUCAGCCGAGACGAUUAUAGAGCUGGCAAAGGAUGUCUUCCUUCCAAGGGCGCUGUCUGGACAUCCACAGACCAUCAUCCUGCUCUCUGGAGACGGUGGCCUGAUAGACCUGAUAAAAGUGUUCUCCGAGGUCCCAGAGGAUGCUGCAUUUACCAAGCCCGUCGUCUGUCUGAUACCCAUGGGCACCGGGAACGGGACUGCAAAUUCUACAGGUCUCUUGUCUGAUUCUACGUUUGGCCUUUCGAGUCUACUGCGAGGCUCGCCCAAGGAUCUCCCGGCAUUUCGAGUCCGGCUUCCGCCUGGCUCGAUGUACGUGGCCGAUGAAGGACGUGAACGGAUCCCCGUGGCCGACGCUGGACAGGAAGCUGAUAUCUACGGAGUGGUCGUUGCAAGCUGGGGGAUGCACGCGUCCCUGGUUGCGGACAGCGACACAGCCGAGUACAGGAAGUUCGGGGUCGACCGGUUUAAGAUGGCGGCCAAAGAGCUGCUUCACCCUUCUGACGGCAGCGAGUCGCAUCGGUAUAGAGGCACCAUCACCCUGGUCAAGAAGAGCAGCACCACCGGACUGGAAGAGGAGCACCUCGUCGACCGAGAGUCGCAUAUGUACGUGCUGGUGACACUAGUCUCCCAGCUGGAGAAAGGAUUCAUGAUCUCGCCCUCGUCCGAGCCGCUGGAUGGACAGCUACGCAUCGUGCACUUUGGACCUGUUGCGCCUGGCCGGGCGAUGGAGCUGAUGGGUUUGGCGUAUCAGGGGGGGAAACAUACAGAGGAGCCAGAGGUUGGCUACGCCGCCGUCGAGGCCGUCAGGAUACGGCUCACCGAGGAUGGAGACGACGCCUCUGAGCGCUGGCGGCGGCUCUGCAUCGACGGGAAGAUCGUCUCUGUGCCCGUAGACGGCGAAAGCUGCAUCGAAGUCCGUCGCUCGCAGCGCUUCUUUUGCCAGUUGGUGAUGUAA